AUGUACCUGGUGAUUCUGCUGUAUCUGGGGUGGUUCAUGUACCUGAUGAUUCUGGUGUAUCUGGUGUGGUUGAUGUACCUGAUGAUUCUGGUGUAUCUGGUGUGGUUGAUGUACCUGAUGAUUCUGGUGUAUCUGGUGUGGUUGAUGUACCUGAUGAUUCUGCUGUAUCUGGUGUGGUUGAUGUACCUGAUGAUUCUGGUGUUUCUGGUGUGGUUCACGUACCUGGUGAUUCUGGUGUAUCUGCGGUGGUUGAUGUACCUGGUGAUUCUGCUGUAUCUGGUGUGGUUGAUGUACCUGGUGAUUCUGCUGUAUCUCCUGUGGUUGAUGUACCUGGUGAUUCUGGUGUAUCUGGUGUGGUUGAUGUACCUGGUGAUUCUGCUGUAUCUAGGGUGGUUGAUGUACCUGGUGAUUCUGCUGUAUCUGCUGUGGUUGAUGUACCUGGUGAUUCUGAUGUAUCUGGUGUGGUUCAUGUACCUGGUGAUUCUGGUGUAUCUGGUGUGGUUGAUGUACCUGAUGAUUCUGGUGUAUCUGGUGUGGUUGAUGUGCCUGUUGUGUCUAGUAGGUAAUCUAGCCUGUUGUGUAUCUAGUGGUUGA